UAUUUCUCUACUUUUGAAAUUGGAUUGUGUGAAUUAAUAUAUACACAUCGUUCUUUUUUACCAGAAAUAAAAAUAAGGGGGGGGGGGGGGGGGGGGGGGGGGGGGGUGUAUACCAAAAUUUUAGUGUAAAAUAAAUCUGAAAUUUUGAAUGUAAUUUUUUAUUCUUUUGAUGUUUAAAAUAAGAUAUUUGCUAGUAGACCGUUUUGCCGACCAACCCCAUUUGGAAAUGACUUGGCUAUGUUUACACACCUUUUGUUAAAAUUAUAAACAGUUGUAACUUGUAUUGUUAUUUUGGUUGACGUUACACUGGUGUUCAAAAAAAAAAAAGGUUGACGUUCCACUUACAUCUAUAUAUUUAUAUUUUCCAGAAUAUAACAGUUGAAAUGCUCAAUGCAACUCACGCUAUGUAUCGCUUCAGCAUAUAAACAUACCAAAUCGAAAACAUCAAAUCUUAUGGAUAGUCUGUUUUUAACCACAGCUGCAAAAUAACGUUAUCAUUUGAAUAUUUGCAUGCGACUCCGAAGUCAUUCAUCUUACAUUUUAACUAAUGUUAAACAAAGGAAAAAUAGUUGACAAAACUAUGUUAAUUAUACUGACCUUUAGAAUGUUUGAAAACUAUACGUACGGAUCUUUAUACCAAACACAACUUAAUUACGUUUUGAAAGAAACGAUGCGUCAAUUCAAAGAUAAGAAAAAGGAUUUAAGUCCCAAGAGACUCUAAGAGUCCGCUGUUAUCUGCAUGCAGGAAGAUCAGAAGACGAUACACCUUUUCCAUCCUCAUCUCAAAUCUAUUUCGUUUAUACUUCCUUGGCUCCUUUCGAUAUAUUUUGUAAUCACUAAAAAACCUCUGCAGUCGCUUUCUGUAGUUUCCCUAAGAGCAUCUCCAAAGGCACUCUAUUUUUUCCUCUAUAAUUUACACUAAAAUAGAGUAACUCUAUUAUAGAGUUAAAUUUGCUCCAAUGGUUCACUCUAUAAUAGAGUUACUCUAUAAUAGAGUGAAAUAUAGAGUAAUCCUAUUUUUUUACUCCAAAUAUAGAGUGAAAAAACAAAAAUACUCUAUAUUUCACUCUAUUAUAGAGUAACUCUAUUAUAGAGUGAACCAUUGGAGCAAAUUCAACUCUAUAAUAGAGUUACUCUAUUUUAGAGUGAAAUAUAGAGGAAAUUAUAGAGUGUGAUUGGAGAUGGUCUAAGGUAUUGAUUUAUCUUUAAGCUUAUUUCAUUGUUCUUGAAACCGUAUCUUUUACUUCUUAUUUUGUUGUUGACUUUCAGGUUUUAGACAUGUCUUAUGUUCCUCCACAUAAGCGAAACUCGAAGGAUCCAGUUCAACCUUCCCCUUUUCCUGAUUCUCCUCUUCUUACAAAAUUCAGAAGAAACAUUGAUGACCUCAAAAGUACCUAUUUUCAAGGAAAUGGAAUUGUAUAUUCAGGAAAAUACUUCACCAAAUGGUUUCUUGUUAGUUCAAAUGGAAUUGAGGACGAGGUUCCUCCGUCUGUUAAUCUUGUGCCCCUUUCCUCGGAUUCUUCUGACUGCAUAAAUGGAUUGAAGGCUUUGGAACUGAUGAACAACCACUUCCACAAAGAUAUGAUCACUGAAGAGAGCGAAGAAGAAAUAACUAGGUGGCUCUUAGUAGCAGAGAAGGUUGCUGAUGAUCUUGUGUUUGCAUAUGACCAAGCUAAUAAGAGAAAGGAGGAUCAUGAAAUUUCAGAUAAUGCUAAACUGAGACUGGUUGCUAGGUUCGGAAAAAUAGUCUUUUAUGGGCGCAAAGCUGGUCUUGUGGUUGAUUAUUCCCUAAAGAACUCGAGAAGGAUAUUCUCUACAGAUGUUCCAACCUCUUUCAUACAAAACAUCAAGUCUAAGGCUAUACCAAGCCAUGAGUUCUGUAUAGACGGAGAAAAGCAAAAAUACAUUGUGAAGAUUAAUGGUCCCAAUGGAAUCAUCAACUGUAAAUGUACUGUGAAGGAAGAUGGAUGUCUCACUAUGUACAAGGCCGAGCUUCAUCCUGUAAGGCAUUUGACUAUUGAUGUGUCUUGCAUUGAUAAGAAUCUUGAUAUGAGGCUUAUGCUCGCUGGCAAAAGAAAAAUAAAGACUCUCACGGAGAAAGAGAUAAGUAACAUUCAAGGACUACUUGGUUCAGCAGUUGUUGAUCUGAAUGUGAAAGGCAGAUUAAGGUGGCCACUUGGUAAAACAUCAUCCGAAGGUGGUUACAAAAUAUUUGAAGUUUGUCACGCUAGAGUUACUAUCUACAAAAAGCAUACUCUUGGGCUUAAGGUUAGAGAGACUAAUAGAUUUAAUGAGAGGUAUGCAACAGCGGAAAUGGAGAAGGGGGUUACUCUUAUACUUAAAGAGAUGAACACUAAACUACAGGAACAGAACAUUGAGAGGGUUUGUGUUUUGGAAAUGCUCCGAGAUGCUCUUGGAACUAUAUGGGACUUCUUGUGUUGCGAUGCCAAUCUUAUGCAAUAAAGAACCAUAUGUUUUUGCUGGUGCUACGUUGGGUUUCUCUUUUACAUUCUGGUGUGUUUUGGUACUUUAAAAUUCAUGAGUUUUUUUUGUUUGGUUAUGAAGAUUAAACUUGUGUUUUAUUCAAAGUAGAACACAACACAUUAGCUGUGAUGUUUUACAUAAUCUGUGUUUUGUAUGCAUGUCAAUCUGUCUAGGUUGGCUUGUCCCACUCUGAAGCUCACAUGUAUUAUAGUCUGGUCCAGCCUGGCAUUAUUUAUUUGGUAUACUAUGUUUGUUAGUUCGGUGUGUGAGGCUCACAUGCUUCUCAUGAUUUAGGUUUUAAACAUUCAUUGAUCAAUGUCAAUCUAGACUUUAAAUGGUUGCAUCAGCUGAGACGGUCUAAAACCAUUUGCGGUUAAAUAGUUUUGAUUUUGAGUAAGACAAAUAAACAAUGCAACUAUGAUGGACAUCAAAACCAAACAUAAUUUCUAUUAAAUCUUUGAAGAAACCAAUACAUACAUUUGAAGAUUUUUCUUCUGCUUAGAACAUAAAGUCUGAUCACUUCUAUCAAAUUCUAGCUACCAUCCACAAGACCAAAUACUCUCCUUAUACUGGCGAAUGGUGAGGAAAGUAUUUGCACAGGACGGUGCCACUUUUGUACAGUACAUGUAUCGAGACAGGUUAGUCUAAUACCUAUGCAAACAUUAUUAAAAAACUAUCUAUGGCAUUUGUGUUCUAACUACUGGCUUCUACAGGGGAGUGAGAAGGGUUAGUCACUGAAGAGUAAGAAGAUUUAUGGAGAAUAUUAAGAACACUUUAUCUUUUUUAGAAAAACUAUGGUUUGUGAUUUGCUAUUGUUGCUCUUGUUUUACAGUCAUUUUUAAAAGGACGUACAUUUCUACUUUUUUUUGUUGUUUGAGUGAUUCCUCGUUUUCUGUCGCUGUCAGUUUGAGUGAAUCAUGUUUAACAAAUGGAAAAAAAAACAGACUCAGCAACGAACGAGAUAAAUAAGGCUUGUAACAAACAAACAAAAUGAGUCAAAUGAUUAACCACCAAAACUCAACUCACAUAUGUAAAGCUAAAGUUUUUUAUAUACGAUGAACAUGAAAUUGUUUAGAUAUACUCAUAAAGGGGAAAC